AUGGCGGCGGUGGCGGCGGGGGCUGGUGGUGGUGGCGGCGCCUCGGCGGCGCUGGGCGAUGGUGGCGUCAUCGACUACUCGGUGCACGAAGCAUGGAACGAGGCCACCAACGUGUACCUGCUGGUGGUGCUGGCCAGCCUCGCCCUCCUCGUCUACGCGCGGCGGAACAAGAGGAGGAUCAUGCGCAUCUUCACCUUGCCCCCGGCCGCCGAGACGCCCCCCGAGCCCAACUUUUACGACAGCGUGAAGAAGAUCCGCCUGCGGCAGCAGCUGGAGAUGUACUCCAUCGCAAGGAAGUAUGAACAGCAGCAGCAGCCACCAAAACAGACUGAAAGUGUACAGCUCUCAGUGGAAUGAAGCCCACAGUUCUGUAGGAACUCAGGACAUAUAUCCAGUGCUGAUUUUAGGAGUCAAUGUGGAGCUAUUUUCAAUGCUUUUUUAUUGAUACAUAGCUGAAGACAGGGGGGGAAAGGAAGGGGACUGUCCCUAAAAACUUAGGUCUUUGUAGCUUUUCUCUGAGCCCUCUUGAGGCAAAGUGAGUGCCCACUGGAACAUUUCAGCAUGAAAGUACCCUGCACAGGGCAGACCUGCUCAGAGGAACCUGAGAGUAGGGAAGUGCAGUCUUACCAAUGUCUGAAAUUGUCUCUGCUAGCACCUUGGAAAUCAGCUUCUACCUUCUCUGGCCAACAGCACCUAGAGAAAGCAAGGCAGUACCUAUCUGCUUGGAAAACCUUGUGUUCCUUGAUCAUGAAUUGUUGAAUUUGCUGAAUACAGUCAGUAAGUGUGAAUGAAGGCACUGUGGCUGUACUGCCUGGUGAAGGUGUACAGCUUUGAGAGCCCAGAGUGUCACUGGUGGUAGUGCAGAAAAGUUCUGCUGUCUGUUUAUUUGGGAGUCAUGUAUGCAAUACUGUGAACCUUUCCUAGAGAAACUUUUGAGAAGUACACAGUGAACUACGAGUAGAGAAGACACUUAAAGCCACUACUCUAGUGUUAAUAGCAAAGGUGAUUAGUUUAAUUUAGUUAAAUUGCUGCACAGAAUGGGUCGAUCUGUAUAAGCAGGUCACAGAUUAUCCAGAAGAGACUUCACACUGCAGCUAGUUUGUCUUUCUAGGCAAAUAUCAAAAUUUGUCAAUUGAAAGGAUUCUGCAGAAAUUACUUUUCAAUAAAAGCAUCUAAUCGUGAAAACUA